AUGUCUGGGUCAAGACGGCGUAAUAGCAGGGCUAUUCCUGCGGUGGACGUCCCCAUUCCUCAGGGCUUGGAGGCAUACUUCGUUCAUGAACCGCAGGAACAAAAUCCAGAGUGGCUUGCUUACCUCGAAAAUCACCACGACCUUUUGUCUUUUGGCGUUCCCCGUCGAGUCUGCCUACAGCGCCAAGAACAAGAACCGAAUCGUCGAACAAAGGAGCCAGAUGUGGCAAAGAACGAAUCCUCAGACGGGAAACAAGUGACGGCGAAGAGCAACUCCCUCGCAUCAUCUGGGAAAGACGAGCGACCGGUUGUAAAAAAGAAACAAAACGGGGGAAAAGCAGGUCGAAAACUAGACCUUGAUAAUAUGAUUAUCUGCAACCCAAAUUGGUAUACUAAGGAAGAUAGGGAUACCAUUUUGGCGUAUAACAAGACCAAGGUUGAUCCAUUUCAGUACCAGGUGGACAAGUUUGAUGAUGAGGACGAGUGA